AUGAAUGGCGUGAUCAUAGUGAACAUUAAAUUGUUCAAAAAGCAAAAAACAUACAACAGAAGGGAUUCGCUGGUGGUCACCCACCCAACUACUAACCUCCCGGCGUGUGGCUUAAGUACGGCUGAGCGGACGGGAAGCCCUGUUCUCCACACCCUAUGGUCGUAUGUGCUUGUUGUUUCUCGCUCAGAAAAUAUAGUCUAG